UUCGGGGGUCGGCCGAAGAUGGCGGCCUCCAAAGGGGGUUGGUGCUUGUGCGAGUUGUUGAGGUUGUUUUAUUCAUUAUUCUUCCCUGGGCUAAUUGUAUGUGGAGCUUUAUGUAUAUGUUUGGUUAUUGUCCUUUGGGGACUCAGAUUACUGCUACAGAGAAAGAAAAAGUCAGUGUCAGCCAGCAAAAAUGGGAAAAAUCCAACAGUGAUUGCAUUUUUUCAUCCAUACUGCAAUGCUGGUGGAGGAGGGGAAAGAGUUCUAUGGUGUGCCUUGAGAACCCUGCAGAAAAAGUAUCCUAAAGCAGUAAAUGUUGUUUAUACUGGUGAUGUUAAUGUCAGUGGUCAACAGAUACUAGAAGGUGCUUUCAGAAGAUUUAACAUCAGGUUAACUUGCCCAGUGCAAUUUGUUUUCUUAAAGAAACGCUACCUUGUGGAAGAGUCACAGUAUCCUCACUUCACACUGCUUGGCCAAAGUCUAGGAUCCAUUUUUCUUGGCUGGGAAGCUCUGAUGCAGUGUGUUCCUGAUGUUUACAUUGAUUCAAUGGGCUAUGCCUUCACACUCCCUCUGUUUAAGUAUAUAGGGGGUUGCCGAGUUGGAAGCUAUGUUCAUUAUCCCACUAUCAGCACUGACAUGCUCUCUGUAGUGAAGAAUCAAAAUGUUGGAUUUAAUAAUGCAACCUUCAUUACCAAGAAUCCUUUUCUCAGCAAAGUAAAGCUGAUCUACUACUAUUUGUUUGCUUUUAUUUAUGGACUUGUUGGUUCUUGCAGUGAUGUAGUCAUGGUCAAUUCUUCUUGGACACUAAACCAUAUUCUCUCACUGUGGAAGGUUGGGAAUUGCACUAAUAUUGUUUAUCCGCCUUGCGAUGUGCAGACAUUUCUGGAUAUUCCCUUACAUGAGAAAAAAAUGACCCCAGGACAUAUAUUGGUUUCCAUUGGCCAAUUCAGGCCUGAAAAAAAUCACCCUUUGCAAAUCAAAGCUUUUGCAAAAUUGCUGGAUAAGAAAGUAGCUGAGUCACCUUCUUCACUUAAACUUGUCCUCAUUGGAGGUUGUCGUAACAAAGAUGAUGAACUUAGAGUAAACCAACUGAGAAGACUGUCUGAGGAUUUAGGAGUUCAAGAACAUGUGGAAUUUAAAAUAAACAUUCCAUUUGAUGAGUUAAAGAAUUAUUUGUCUGGAGCAACAAUUGGUCUGCAUACUAUGUGGAAUGAGCAUUUUGGAAUUGGAGUUGUGGAGUGUAUGGCAGCUGGCACAAUUAUACUCGCACACAAUUCAGGGGGCCCAAAGCUUGACAUUGUCGUCCCUCAUGAAGGAGAUAUAACUGGAUUUCUGGCUGAGAGUGAAGAAGGCUAUGCUGAAACCAUGGCUCAUAUUCUUUCCCUGUCUGCUGAAAGGAGACUCCAAAUCAGAAAAAAUGCUCGUGAAUCCAUAAGGAGAUUUUCUGAUCAGGAGUUUGAAGUGACAUUCCUAUCAUCUGUGGAGAAGCUAUUUAAAUAGUGCCACGUCUGUAUAAAUUAAAGAUAUUUUAUAUAAAAUGGUUGGACUAGGGAUGUAGCUCAGUGAUAGAGCAUAGUAUAUACAAGACUUUGGUUUCAGUCUCUAGCACCAAAAAAUAACAAAUACCUUCAUAAGUAAAUAUUUUUCUAAACUCACUCCCUGUUGUAAUAAAGUCAGCCUGAGCAGUGUUCUCAGCAAUGUA